AUGGAUAGUAAAUUAAAUUUAUUGAAGAAGAUAGUUAACCAUGAACCUUCCUCUGUGUGUGUGNAGGAGAAGAUUGCUUCAUUUAAAACCUCAGUGGAUGUUCUUACACUUUCAGCAACGCCUAUUCCAAGAACUCUCUAUUUAGCAUUAACCGGAUUUCGUGACGCUAGUAUGAUCUCAACACCACCUCCUGAGAGAGUUCCGAUAAGAACACAUCUUUCAGCUUACAGCAAGGACAAAGUAAUAACAGCUAUCAAGCAUGAAUUGGACCGUGGUGGCCGAGUUUUUUAUGUCUUGCCCCGCAUUAAGGGUCUUGAAGAUGUUAUGGAAUUUUUAGAACAAGCAUUCCCAUAUGUUGAAAUAGCUAUUGCUCAUGGAAAGCAAUACUCAAAACAGCUUGAGGAAACUAUGGAAAGAUUUGCACGGGGAGACAUUAGAAUUCUUAUAUGUACAAACAUAGUAGAAAGUGGCCUUGAUAUUCAAAAUGCAAAUACAAUCAUCAUUCAAGAUGUUCAGCAAUUUGGACUUGCACAAUUGUAUCAGUUGCGUGGAAGGGUCGGACGGGCGGAUAAGGAAGCUCAUGCACACUUAUUUUAUCCUGACAAAUCACUUCUUUCUGACCAUGCACUAGAGAGGCUUGCUGCUCUUGAAGAGUGCUGUGAACUUGGCCAGGGUUUUCAGCUUGCAGAAAGAGACAUGGCUAUUAGAGGAUUUGGUAAUAUUUUUGGCGAGCAACAGACAGGGGAUGUCGGCAAUGUGGGCAUUGAUCUAUUCUUUGAGAUGCUAUUUGAAAGCUUGUCAAAGGUUGAUGAGCAUCGUGUAAUAUCAGUUCCUUACCAUGCAAUGAAGCUUGAUAUUAAUAUAAACCCUCAUCUUCCUUCCGAGUACAUAAAUCAUUUGGAGAACCCCAUGCAAAUCAUUAAUGGCGCUGAAAAAGCAGCUGAAAAGGACAUUUUCAGCUUAAUGCAAUUUACGGAAAAUCUGAGGCGUCAGUAUGGCAAAGAACCUUACUCUAUGGAAAUCCUAUUGAAGAAGCUUUAUGUCAGAAGAAUGGCAGCAGAUUUAGGAAUUACCAGCAUAUAUGCUUCAGGAAAGAUGGUUGGCAUGAAAACAAACAUGUCGAAAAAGGUUUUCAAAUUGAUAACUGAUUCAGCAACUUCAGAUGUUCAUCAGAAUUCUCUGAUUUUUGAAGAUGGCCAAAUAAAGGCUGAACUGCUCUUGGAGCUACCUAAAGAACAGUUGCUGAAUUGGAUCUUCCAAUGCCUAGCAGAAUUAUACUCUUCAUUACCGACCUUAAUAAAAUAUUAGUCCUUUCAAUGAACUGUGAUUCUUUACUUCAUCAAGUAGGCAGCCCCAUGUCCAUCGCUAUAAUAGGGUCCUGGGCAUUUGGUUUUAUUAAGAACAUUAGAAGCUUCUCUCUCCUGGGCAGUUGGUUUAAUUAUGAACAUUAGAAGCUUAUCUCUCAUAAGCGGCUGUCUCCCCAUGUACAUACAGUAUGAAAAAUUGAGAUAGACCUGUAUCGGCUAUUAAAGCAUAUAUAUGAAAAUCCAACUGGCACUUUUUCCA